AUGAUGGUAGUUAGCGGGAUGAGGCGUAUGAGCAGUGAGGUGGUGCGACAGACGCAAAAGCCACAGGAAACGGUGAUCCUCAGCGACAGAUGCGCGGAAAGACUGGCUGAGAUUAUUAAAGAGGAAGGGCGUGACGUGUGUUUAAGACUGACCGUGGAAGGAGGUGGCUGUUCUGGGUUCCAGUACAUCUUCACUCUGGAUGACAAGGUCACUGCUGAGGAUAGCAUUUUCGAGCGUGACGGAGUAAGGCUGGUGGUAGACAACGUAUCUCUGCUUUUUGUGGACGGCGCCACUGUGGACUAUACUGACGAACUCAUUCGUUCUUCCUUUCAGGUGAUCAGCAAUCCCAACUCUGCUUCAUCGUCGCCCGCUGGAGCUGGCGCUAAGGCGGUCUCUGCCCAGCAGAAGCGACAAACCAGCCAACUGGUGUCGUGCAGAUGCUCAGGCGUCGAGGCAUCCGCAUCCCUCCGAUCACGCUUGAGCCUGCAAUCGUCGUUCAAGGGCGAUGCUCUUGUGGCUCUUCCAGUUCGCGCUGUCAGCAAGCGAUCCUCCGAGAGGCUCGUGGUGGUGGACGAGGCCGUCGUGCAGUUCAUCCGCGGCGUCAACGAGCAAACCAUUCCCGAAGUCCGACUCACGCGAUCUAGGGACGGCACCAGCGGCACGGCGACGUUUGUGUUCGAGCAGCCGUCAGUGUUCGACCAGCCCAGCGACCUGGGCGACAUCACGGGGCUCUUCAUGAUCGACGAGGAGGGCGACCUGCAGACGGUGGACGUGAGUGCCAAGUUUAUCAAUGGCAAGCCAGCUGGCAUCGAGGCGAAAUACAUCAUGCGCACAGAGAGGGAAUGGGACCGCUUCAUGCGCUUCAUGGAGCGGUACGCUGAGGCCAACAACCUGGGCUUCGUCAAGAAGUGA